GUUAAUUGCUCUAGUCUAGACCUUACUUGAGUUAGUAGGUGUUACGCAUAUUUUGUGUGUCUUUUAAAAUCGUCCCAUGUAGUCGUUUUGCUGCUGAGUUAGGUGCGGUGACUACUGGAAACGCAGAAAUCGAAAGUGAAGUUCCUUGGGAACAAUCGGAGACCACACUUUCAACGAGCUCUACGACGACAUCGUAUUGCAUAUUUCAAUAUUGAAUAUUUCUGGAGAUUGUUCAGACAUGGAUCAUUUCUGUAACUCCAAAGUCUCAGAUCAAGAAGAGAAACAAGUUAACAUAGUAGAGAUGUUCAAAAGGAAACUCAACAUCAUAUCAGAUGUGUGUGAUUACCAUGGCCUGUAUAAUCAAGGAGCAACCUGUUAUUUGAACAGUGUGCUACAGGUCCUCUUCAUGACCAAUGAUUUCAAAGAAGCCAUAGACAGCCAAGUGUUUGAACAAGAACAACAACAGGAGCCGGAGCCAGAGAACAAGACUGGAGUUGGUCCUCAGUUGAAAAAGUUGUUUGAGAUUUUAAAGACAAGCAAUGCUGGCACAGAGGACAUCUCAUCAAAACUGGGAAUUGAAAAUGUAUUUGAGCAACAAGAUGCUGCUCAGUAUCUAGAGAAGAUUUUAAGCCUGGUCAAAGCCGAUGUGUCCAAGAUCUUCAAAGGACAAUUGAGACACACCUCCACCUGUUCAGAAGGUCAUCCAAUUAGUGAUAAAAGUCGUCCAUUUUGGUCUCUGCCACUCUCGAUGAAAGAUUCCUCAGGCUUCAACAAAAUGUACAGUGUGGACGAUUGCUGGAACGAGUUUUUCAGGUCUUCAACAGUUAGUGGGGACAAUAAGAUGUACUGUGAUUGCUGUGACGAGAAAGCAGAUGCAACCAUUGAAUAUCAGAUGAAAGAUUACCCAGAGAUUCUGACUCUACUCCUCAAGAGGUUUCAGUUUGACUACAAUAGGAUGGAUUAUGUCAAAAUCGACUGCUAUGUGGAAGUGCCUUACACAUUGCAGACAGCGAGGUAUACAUAUGAACUCUAUGCCAUUGUGGACCAUGUGGGAAGUCUAAGAGGUGGACAUUACACAGCUAAAAUCAAGUCCCACGAAGAUCAGAAGUGGUAUGUGUUUGAUGACACCUGCGUUAGACUGCUCAAUCAACAGCCAUUUAUGCAAGGUUUUGAAACAUCCCGAAGAGCUUACUUGCUUAUGUACAAGAAAUUGCAUGCACCAGAUCUUCAGAUGAACCAUGGAACCAGCCAAGACUGUUCACUCACUGACCCACAGUGCCAGUCCUUGCCAGCCAGUGGAGAAGGAGAUGUGGCAGAGAAAAGAAAGGAGGGGGAUCAUGGCUUUGUUGAUAUUGCAGAGAAGAGGGAACAGGUGGGUGUGACAGAGACAGGAGAGGAUAAUGUAGAGAAGAGGGAACAGGUGGGUGUGACAGAGACAGGAGAAGAUAAUGCAGAGAAGAGGGAACAGGUGGGUGUGACAGAGACAGGAGAGGAUAAUGCAGCGAAGAGGGAACAGGUGGGUGUGACAGAGACAGGAGAGGAUAAUGCAGAGAAGAGGGAACACGUGGGUGUGACAGAGACAGGAGAGGAUAAUGUAGAGAAGAGGGAACACGUGGGUGUGACAGAGACAGAAGAGGAUAAUGCAGGGAAGAGGGAACAGGGGGGCGUGACAAAGUCAGGAGAGGGUAAUGCAGAAAAGAUGGAACAGGGAUGUGUGACAGAGACAGGAGAGGAUAAUGCAGCGAAGAGGGAACAGGGGUGUGUGUCAGAGACAGGAGAAGAUAAUGUAGAGAAGAGAGAACAGGGUGUGACAGAGACCAAGAGAGAACAGAGUGAUAUGUAUGAGACAGGGGAGGAUAACAUAAAAAAGGGUGGUGUGGAAAGGGAAGGGGAAGGUGAUGUUGUGCAAGCAAGAAGAGAGGAUCCCAAUGAGCCAAGUCAGUCCACACGGUCUCCUUGCUCUGUGAACACAAAUGAUAGCAGACAGACAGACUUGACUCUCAAAAGAAAAGGAGAGGACAAGCAAAAGGGAAGUGACGACAUAAAAGAGGAAAAGAUAGGAAGAGAGCAAAAGAAGAGCUCAGGAGAGGUUAAGAAGAAGAAGAAGAAGGAGAAGAAGGACAGAAAAAGAGGAAGGUUUAAUAGGAGUCCCCUUUUUGUCUAAGUUAUUUUUUUAAACGGAUCCUCCUGAAAUGCCAUGCUCAUCAACAACAUAAUGGUUGUUAUAGUUCAGUCAGUCACAAAUGAGACUGCAUAUAGGUUGCAAACCUCUUUCAUAUGUCUGGAUGAGAAAGAAAACUACAUUAUUGAAAUAUACAGUACCAGUCAAACUUCUGGAUACACCUACUCAUUGUAGUGAAGACAUUAAAACUAUGAAAUAACACAUAUGGAAUCAUGUAUUAACCAGCAAAUUGUUAAACAAAUAAAAAUAUAUUUUAUAUUUUAGAUCCAUCAAAGUAGCCACCCUUUGCCUUGAUAACAGCUUUGCACACUCUUGGCAUUCUCUCAAACAGCUUAAUGAGUUAGUCACCUGGAAUGCGUUUCAAUUAGCAGGUGUGCCUUGUUAAAAGUUAAAUAGUGGAAUUUAUUUUCUUUCGUUGAGCCAAUCAGUUGUGUUGUGACAAGUUAGGGGUGGUAUACAGAAGAUAGCCCUAUUUGGUAAAAGACCAAGUCCAUAUUAUGGCAAGAACAGCUCAAAUAAGCAAAGAGAAAUAACAGUCCAUCAUUACUUUAAGACAUGAAGGUCUGUCAAUACGGAAUAUUUCAAGAACUUUGAAAGUUUCUUCAAGAGCAGUCGCAAAAACCAUCAAGCGCUACGAUGAAACUGGCUCUCACGAACAUCCAAAAUUAAUCCAGAUAAUGCCAUGAUUAAGAAUAAUGAAGAAAUCAUAAAUAAUGAUGAGUGAGAAAGUUACAAAGGCUACAACCCAGCUAACAACAAAAGCUCCCACAACUUAACAGAACGUUCCCUUAAGAUUCUCAUUAGGUCAUUACUAAAGUUUUUGUGGAAUGUUCCAGUUAUGUGCAAGGACUGUUUCCAAGAGACCAUUUCCUUAAUGUAAAACACAACUGACCUUUUUAUUCAAUUAGGCAGGUCAGUUAAGAACAAAUUCUUAUUUACAAUGACAGCCUAUACCGGCCAAACCUGGGCCAAUUGUGCUCUGCCCUAUGGGACUCCCAACCACGGCCAGUUGUGAUACAACCUGGAUUCAAACCAGGGUCUGUAGUGACACCUCUAGCACUGAGAUGCAGUGCCUUAGACCACAGCGCCACUCGGGAGCCCCAACCUGGAACGUUCUCAGAAUAUUCAAUAUUAAUGUUCUAGAGACGUUUCAUGGGAACUUUGCAAGAACAUUGGUGUCCAGUUUUCUGUGUUACAAGAAUAUUCCAUCAGCUUAUCACCAAACUUAAACAGAACAUGGUUGUCAUGUUCUCAGAACAUAAUAUAUUAAUGUUCUAGAUAUGUUUCAUGGGAACAGUCUGCCUGGGGGCCUCUAUCAAAAGUGUAUUUGUAUCAGCGAUGCUAUUUGAGUCAUGCCAUUCAGCUGUGCCCCUCACAGACAGACUAGAGUAUCUUCACCAGUCACACACCAUCCCGCUACACUGUCAGUCCCUGCAUGUCUGAUAACCUAUCCAGUGUAUAGGCCUACAGAUCUCACUGUCAGACUGUUCUUGAUAUUUGUCUCAGAAGAGUAUACAUAUUUUAAAUAUUCGUCCAUCCACAUCUAUGUCCAUGAAUUUGCCCUUUGAUAUUACAAUGUCCUUGAAUGUGUUCGUAUUCUAAUAUUUUAUUAUUGUUGUUGCAUUGUCAAGGAUUGUUUAGUGGCACUUGUCACAAUAGGAACACAUUUAUUACUAAUUUCACUGUCACUGUUUUAAAACAAAGCAUUUCUCCACUUCUACACCACUUAGAUUUACUGUUUAAUGAAAUCUAUGUGUUACUGAUCCGUAAGAGUGUCCCACCCUGAUCUGUUUCACCUGUCUUUGUGCUUGUCCCCCCUUCCUUUUGCCUGCCCCAAUAAUAAACCCCGAGACUCGUA